AUGAUAUCCCCAAAUGCACGAAGACAGCCGUCGUCGUCUACUUCAAGACAGCAAAUUAAUGGCUCCGAACUUGUCGCAUCGAAUUCCACUGCCAGCAGGUUUCUAGGAAGCAGACCAAAGGCAUGGAUGCAGAAUGCCAACAAUACGACAGGCGCUGCUCCUGUCAUCACGCGUCGACCAUCGCGUCCUGCCCCUCGUCCUAGUCCUGCCGCUGCUGCUGCUGUGUCUACCAAGGAGAGAACACCCUCAAAUUCUGAUACAGGCCAAAAGACCGCAUCUUGUCCUCCUGGAAGUGCUGAAGGCCCUACACCGGUUUCUGAGGUGUCAGGGGACGCUGUCUCUGCCUCAGUUUACCUGUCACCGGUGUCUUCAGAGAGCAUAUUUCCUCCUGCGGUACCCAUCACGCCAGACCCGGUGCAGCCCGUUCAACCAAAGCAGCCAGUCCAGCUAGAGCAAGCAGUUCAACCUCUGCCAUCUCCAAACCCGAGCCACAGGUCUGACCCAAGAGGCACCACUCCUCGCGCUGAACCAGUGACCCCCGAAGUUACAGCACGGCCGGCUCCCCUUGUUGAUGGACGCCAGACUGCUUCUCCAAGGCCACCGCCGCCGCCACUGCGAUGUAUAACAACCCCUUCACAGCAGAACGUCCCUUCUCUAGGCAGUCCUCUGGUGGUGGCAGCGGCCCAGAGCAAUGUGCACCUUGUUAGUGACCAGGAUAACCAUCGAGAUAAGCGUCCACGUCUGGCGGUCUCCCAACCGCCAGCUCUCUUUUCUCAAACAUGCACCUCGCAACCAUCCUCACCAUCACCCAUUAACAAUAAUAACAACAAUAAUGGUAUGUCUGAAGCAAGAUCAGCUGGCCGGGGACUGCCUAAGCUCCAGCAGCCACCUACUGAGCUUUCACCACAGGCUCUGAACGCUUGUGUGCCUUUUUUAAACGGCGUUGUGUCGACCUUUCAGUCACAUGAAGCUGCUUAUAUUUAUCUACUUAGAGAUGCAUGUGUAUUAUACGACCUCCAGUAUCUGGCACUUCACCAGUUGCACUGUAUAUCCGCAACCUCUGCCAAAAACCUACCAGGGUUUGGAGCUAAGGGACAAAGGGCAGUUGCAAUAGUGCUAGACAUGGUGUGUCAUAAGGCACGAGCUUCUAGUGUGUUUCUGCAUUAUUUCAGCGCCUUUCCUUCUGACUUUGCGAUUAUCACUUCCCAGAAUCAACGAUAUGCGGCUGCAAUAGAAUCUAUCAAAAGCUGGGCACCUUCCUUUGCGGAUACCUGGCCUAAAUUCUUUUCAAAAGUGUACAAUCGUGGAUAUCCCCCUCUGAUUGACGAAAUAAUCCAUGAGCUCGGUGUACAUUCGGUCAUUAUGCAGAGUGUGUUCUACACGGCCUGUGUAUCCACUCUGACCGUAAACCGACCAGCAGCACUUCGUGAGGCGUGGAAGACUGUUCGUCAGAAGAAUAUCGAUUUUUACCAGCAUCGCCUGCGAAUGGCAAAUACCCCGAAUCCAGUCUCAGCAGUGCAUAUACAAGGAGAAAACAGCUAUCUAGCAUCGAUGUUUCAGCAAAUAUAUGCAGUAUAUCCUCCCCCUGGAGUUGCUCCAAUUCCUUCCCAGGCUACCCACCACAUGAACCCACAGCAAACCCUCUAUUCUACCCUUCCAGGCUAUCCUUCUACUCCACAGGCGGCACCCUUUUCAGUGACCAACCGACAGGCCAUGCGUUUUCCAGCAGCCGCCUCGACAAGAUCACAGCCGAUACGACCACUACCAUUUCAACGUCAGACAACCUUACCAUCACAAACUUCAACUGCUCCUCCGAACACCACGGCCAGGAUACACCCUCCUAUGCCCUCAACGGCAGCGCAGCCAUACCCCUCUCCCACUCGCCAACCAAUUACCGUUUCUACCGCCAACUUUAAUAAUAACCCUCCUCUCACGCCUUCUGCUCAGCAUUAUAUGCAACCCACUCCCACAGGCCAGCCUAUAGGAACCCCCCUAUUCCCUCCCCCCAAUGCAAAUGCUCUUCCACCCGCCAAUCCAUCUCCCACAUCCAGUCUCCAUCUAUCUCAUCUAAGAGUGGUUAAUGUUUCUCUGUCCAAGGGUGGUUCGUCAAAACCGGGCGAAAACCUAUUUCAAUCGUUCGAGUCAUUCGCCAUAUCUCCUACCACUCUCGGUUGGGAUCAAUAUAACUUUCAAUUACCCUUAACUUUAUCGUCAAAUCAACAUGCAGCACUCCCCAGACCACUUCACCCGCCCAACACAUUCCACAUUAUCCAAGGAAUCGUUGAUGGGUCAAAGAUCUAUCAAAUUCGAUGUGUACGUUCCACUGACAGCCAGCCAUUGACGGAGGAGAAGUGGGUGAUGGCAGAAUGUUCUUGGCCGUUAGCCAUUUAUAUCCAUGUCAAUGGGGUGGAACAUUUCUUCCGUCGAAAGUUUCACUUUGGCAAAGAUCUACCAGUUCCUAUCAACAGGGCUCUUAAAUGCGGCCUAAAUGAGAUCAAAGUCGCUCUUAUCGGUACUCCAGAGGAACGCAAAGGUUCCACGUUCGCCAUAGCCGUGGAAGUAAUCGAUGUAUCAUCAUACAAACGGGCUCGCGAAGCGAUACAGACCCUAUCACUAUCUCAGAGUCUCGACAACAUCGUCAAACGACUGACAAACAACACAGCUGAUAGUGAUGAACUAUGUGUCAUUGAUGACUUCAUCACCGUCGCCCUAAUCGAUCCUUUUAUGGCUCGAAUAUUUGAUAUCCCCGUUCGUACCGUCUCCUGUAAACACAAUGAAUGCUUUGACCUCGAUACUUUUCUUAAUACAAGGUUAUCCCGAGUGUUGAAGAGGCCUCAUGGGAUGGCAGAGGACUGGAAAUGUCCGAUUUGCAACAAAGACGCGAGACCAAAGCGUUUAAUUAUCGAUCAAUUCCUAGUUCACGUUCGAGAAGAGUUAGCCCGACGAAAGCAGCUAGAUGACGUCACCGCUAUCAAAAUUCGAGCUGACCAAACUUGGGGCGUUAUCACGCGUCAAACGAACAAUGUGAAGUCUACUCGAGAUUCGUCUUUAAAAGCAGACGAAACCGGAGUGGCUACGACUAUCACUAUAUCAUCUCCUAAGACAGCACAGUCGCCCCCAGAAAUCAUUGAACUUGACUGA